AUGAUUGCUUGGUACGUCUCUUGCUUCAGCAAUAAUGGUCCUGCAUCCCUCAUCGCCGACUACGAGCACGGCCUAGAGCAGGGCAUGGUGAUUGAGCUUCGCGUGAAUACUGUCGGCCCGAAGUACUCACCGUUCAGGAUCAUCGUCAAGGGCACCAAGCCUCGCAUACGGGUCACCUACUACUACGGGGAGGAGAUUGCGCUCGCGAAGACUAGGAAGCUGUCAAAUCCGGCAUACCCUCAACUGCCUACCUACCUCAACGACUCGCAGCGUCAGGCGACUAAGGACGCUUGCACCAUCUCUAGUCUCACCACCCUCCGAAUCGUCAACAACCCUACCGCCAUCAUUCACGAUCUCGACACGAAGAUCAUAGGCGUCCGCACCCCCAGCUUCUAUCUUGAGAUGGCAACGUUCGGGAUCUCGCUCCUUGAAGUUGAGGCUACUACGGAUGAUCUUCACCUCCGAUCUCCACACACAGGAGCUCCUACAAUGCAUGCAGGGCAGCAUCGACAGCUUCUACGAGUCUGUAUACGACCUCGCGGGCGCAUCCCCGGGCGCGAUGAUCGCGUGCCCGACGACGCUCCCCGCGCGCCUCUUCCCAAGUGCGCACGUGUAAACGACGAACCCGCGGAGAACGUUAUGGACGUUGACGAUGUCACCGCUGCCGCGGACGUCAACAAUGGCACAGCAACGCCCGCGGCCGCUGGCAACACGUUGCCCGUCACCAACAUGAUGGCGCCCCCUUUAUGCCUAUCGCUCAUGUGCCCAAGCGGGACUCGACGCCUCGGCAGCCCGCACCAAUGCUUCUCCAGUCCGCGCCGGCUUACCCAACCACAACGCACGUGGGCGCACAGCCUGCUGCGCCGACCUUGGACAGUCACAGCACCCGCCGCGUUCCCCUCACAGGCCACGGGCCCGUACAUGGCGACGCAAUGGCCCGCCGAGCGCGGCGCGGGUGUCUCCUGCGCGUCUCUUCCUUUCGACCACCACCGCCGCAAUUUUCGCGUUGGUGUCUCCGCGUACUCUACGCACAUCCUCAUGAUGGCGCUUCCCACGAAUCAACCAGCUAGCUUGGCCCCGGCGGCCGGUUUCAGUGCCAGCUCCUCGACCUUCAUGUUCGGUGGCAGCACGUUACGAGGAGGACAGCGAGGACGUUCCGAUGCCUCCGCCAACGGCUAUGUCUGGCUUGCCGCAUGGAAGCUUAGAGACUUCUGGCUGGUGCAGAAGGACGCGCGUCGGAACCUAUGGUGUGCUAUCGUUAGAAGACCAACAGCGACGCGUUUGAGCUCUUGA